GUUAUUUUGAAUGUGAAUUAGGAAACAACUCUGGAGACAUACGACGGGUAACGGCGAUCACUUAAUCAUAAAAGAUUUGAUUUUAAAUUAGUCGACGCCGAAUGAAACCUUGAACCUUUUCAAUUUCAACUUUUUCCGACUCGGACUUUCGCCGACUAACACAAAGAUAUUUCCAUUAUCUUCAAUGGAUUCAGUACGGCCGAUAUGGCUUCGGUGACAUCGCUUGGCCUGCACCAACCCACUGCACUUCAAUACGCCAUACAGGAACAACUACUUCCAGAAAACCCACCUAGUUCCUCAUACCAUUGGGACAUAACUAUAGACCAUACUAAUGGUGAAGAGGGAGAAGAUGAGCUUCUUGUCACCAAAGAUGCUGUUAUAUGGUCACGAGGCUGCAUCUUUCGAAAAUGCUUUGGCUUCAAGUUAGAAAAGGAACCUAUCAUUCAGGCCUUGUUGACAUAUUUUCCAAACUCCGAACAUGCGGAAGACGUCCAGGAGAACUUGGUAGGAGGAAAACGAAGCCAACCCGACGAAAGUGAGAGGGGCUUGUCUAAAGCUCUGGUGGUCUUUCUCAAAACUCAAGCUCAUAUUUAUUUCCUUGACGGCACCAGUCAUGUCGUACAUAUGCCCUUUGAAGUCGAGUCUGCUUGUGCGGCACCUAAAGGCGUCAUAAUACAGAGAAGAUUACAGACCGACAAUGGUUUGGCCUCGAGUCUUAAGUUUCCCCGAGUACCACAUAACUCUUUCAUAUCGAAUCUCUCGCCCGCAUCAAUCCGAUCCUCUCAGCAGAGUACAUUCACAAUUGAGACUCUUGGGAAACCCAAAGCACUUCCCCUUAGAAUAAAUCCCGACAUUAACAUUCCUUGGGAUAGCUCCGAAGGAAAAAAUGAUUCUCGAUGGCCUCGUCUAGUUGUUCUCACCGAUCCUCUGUUGGAACUUGGUUUGGUUGUCAAUCCGCCCGACAGAUCUGCUAAGCGCAAGAGUCGUCGGGGUUCUGAUAAAUCUCCUAACUUUCUUGAUCGUGCUGAGGAGAUCAUUCACAUCGAAGAAAUACCACACCACCAAACCUAUAGGAGGGGUAAGGGAAAAGUGGUUCUUGCAGUCACUGUUAAUAGAGAAGCCUGCAUGUACACCGUCUGGAAACUUACCUAUAUCGAGAAUGAAGAUCCUUUUACCACCAAAAAAAAGAAGCCCGAGGAUAAGGCAGACAGAAGACGCAGUUCAAUGCAACCACGUCUAUCCAGUGGUGCUACAACACCAUUGCACCCAACUUUUAGAGAGAGUUUUGGUGCGCCUUUACCUGGGAAACGACCUCGCAAGAGCGAAAAGGUCGAAAAGAACGAUAAGGUUCUAGAGAAUCUCGAAUCUUCGUUGGGGAUAGAGAAGGAGUCGGGUGUGACCCGUAGGACUUCUCGUCGAGUGAGUUCUAUGCUUGCUAGAGCGGAUCUUUCUGCUUCACAGGAUAGAACCGCAUUCUCUGAGCAGGCCCAAAUUUCCAACCACACUAACUCGAGGAGGGAUACUUCGCAUGGUAGUCAUCGAACUCGCAGUAGCGGUGCAUUUACUGGGCCUAGUUUUACCGGAAAUACCAACCAUUCCGUGAGCACUCUUCUGGAAGCGCCAGUUGAUACCUUGCUGGAGGAAUUGCGUUCGGGAGGUGAUUUUGAAGGGUUCCAUAGUAUGGGCCUAGAUGAUCAUGAUUUCGAUGGGCUUAACCAGGAAAUUCUCUUUACACGAAUUCACAGUAUCCCUAUUGACAACAGCAACGUCCGGUAUUCUCUCUCGAAGCAACCGGCCCGAACCCAGUGCAAAGUCUUUUGUCUCACCGGCCCAGAGUCUUUAGACGACGGGUACAACCGCCAGCAGGUCUUGGUGGGAAUCCAGGACCCGAUGGAGAAGCGACUCCAACUAUUAACCCUCCAUCUGCAAUCGAGUAGGUCCAGAUCUGCAUCGCCAGCCGAACCUGUCAAGACGGUCGUCACAUUUGGGCAAUUGAAGAAAGCCCAAGGCAUUAUAGAUUCGUGCAAGAUCAAUGAUGGCGAGAUAUCGAUGAUUCUAGUGUUGUCACAAUCGAGCGAAGGCCAACGUGAGCUCAGUAUCCAAGCACCGUGGACACAAUUGACAUCUAUCACUCUUCCGCCGAAAUUGUCGCUUGCGAAUUUACGUAGUCUCGACUACCAUGGCAGCCUUAUUGAUCGGGAUAUUGGUGUUAGGAGAGCAGUAACCCCCGUGAUUGGGGAAAUUGCCGGCUUAAGACACCCCAAGCUCCGUGGUAUUGUUGAUAUUCUGGACGAGGAUACUCAACAGCACCAUCAAAUACGCAUUCAACUCCAAUCAACCUCCCCGCGAGUUUCAAAAAUCCUGAAAGCCUUGCGCGCAGCUCUUCCUGCUUCUUCCGGUGAGAGGUUAAUUGCUAAUUGGUGGGAGAUUAUCGAUUGGCUCCGACAACAAGAUGCUGAUGUUAUCGAUAUUGAAUGGUCCGCUAUCGUUAUUCAAAUACUCUCGAUAUAUCUCGCUCUCGGUGUGGAUGAGACCACCUUGCCAGCAGAUCCGACCCCACGAAGGAGGUCCAGAGGCUUUUUAAGGUCCAGCAGCGGAGUGCAGGUUGACCUUAGCGACUGGGACGCGAUGAACACUUACGAAACACUAGGUUCCUCGACACAUCCACCCUGGAUGGAGAAUAAAGCGUGGCAGUGGACAAUGGAAGAAGACGAUGCCUGUUUAACUAUGUUUCAACCCAGUUCCGGACGAGACAAUUUGAGUUUUCUCUCUUCGCAUACGAAAUACGCUUUAACGUACGUAUCCUCAAAUUAUGGAGAAGCUACCUAUGGCCCAGAGGGAUACCUUCAAACUUCUCAAAGCCAUGACUACUUAACACGAACUCGAUAUGCCCAAGAUAUCUUUCUUACAUUGCACCUUCUCCUCGAGGAGCAGAAGCUUGAUGUUACAUCUUUUCACGUAUCUUCGCCGGGAUCGGUGGACCUACGGGCAGUACUGCUUCAAGUUACACGAUGGUUGAAAUGGAACGAAUGGGUAAAUCAAUAUGAGCUUGAAAUGCCAUUGGAUUGGCCGGACCAAUUCCCAGAAUCAAUGGACAUAGCCAUAUCACUCGUACCCCAAGAACCGGCUUACUGGAACGUUUUCGAUUGGAUCCGAACCAAUCUUUCUCAAGAGCCGAUUUCAUCCGCGUUUGUGCCGCCGAUAAGGUCGGCCAUGGCUUAUACAAUAGUCCCGCGCACGAAAAUGUUUGAGGAUCUCUUCAAAGAGCUUUCCGUACGAAGCAGAACACCAGUGCAAUUUGUCGAAGCGGUAUACCAAAGCGGGAUUACACCUAUCGUAUUAGAGACACUGCCAGAAUAUGUUCUUGUGCCACUUCAAGACGCAAUCGCUCAAUGUCAAUCAACCCCACCAUCAAGCUGGCCUAAGGGGCUGCUAGAUUUGGUGAAUAGAAGUGACAUUGGCUCGGUCUUAACGCGAACGAAUAGCCUUCGUAUUCGUUCAUCUAAUCUUCUUGCACCCACCCAUAUUGCUUCAUGGGAUUUCACAUCACUUUGCCAGAAUGCUUUGGAGUUUAGCGAUGCAUCGUCCGACGACAUUGCAGAGAGCGACAAGCAAGCAGUUAUCCGUUCUAUAUUCAAAGAUGACCGGCGUCUUGACGAAACUAAGAUGAUGUUGAAUACGACAAAGCCGCGAACCGUGCGCCUGGAUCCUCUUCCGGGCUGGACGGAACCACAAUAUCUCGAGCAGCAGAAGGAAUUGGUGACAAGGCUCGCUAACAACACCUUAUCUAUACCGGCCGGUCGUGGCCUGAUGAACUACGGCUUGCGAUUCCCCCUCUUAACCCAGAAAUUCCACAUUAACGGCUUUAUCCUGAACUGUACUGUCAAGCCUAAUAACGUGACAGUGGGUGUUGACAAGUCGCUUUUCACCGAAGAGAAGAUUGCUUGGGCUUUCUUCCAUUCGGGCGUCGCUGGUGGGUUAUCUAUUUCUCGUCAAGCUAAGGGAAUAGAUACAUCAUGGAUUCUAUAUAACAAACCCGGCAAUGAUCUUAGCAACAGGCAUGCCGGAUUCCUACUGGCCCUUGGUCUCAACGGACACCUUAAAGGUGUCGCCAAAUGGGUUGCUUUCAAAUAUUUGACGCCAAAGCACACCAUGACGUCUAUCGGGUUACUUCUAGGGUUGGCCGCAUCUUAUAUAGGUACUAUGGACUCGCUCAUAACACGUUUAUUAUCCGUGCACGUAACCCGGAUGUUACCGCGUGGCGCUGCCGAAUUGAACUUGUCUCCUCUCACGCAAACAACUGGUAUAAUGGGCAUCGGUUUGCUUUAUUGCAAUAGCCAACAUCGCCGAAUGAGCGAGAUCAUGAUGUCCGAAAUUGAACAUAUUGAGGCCGAGGAUGAGGAAGAACCUCUACGUACUGAGUGCUACCGGUUAGCUGCUGGCUUCGCCCUUGGUUUCAUUAACUUAGGGAAAGGCACGGAUCUUAAAGGACUCCACGAUAUGCGUGUAACCGAGAAGCUUCUAACCCUGGCUUCAGCCACUAAAAAGGCCGAGCAUGUGCAUAUUCUGGAUAGGUCUACGGCAGCUUCCGUUGUAGCUAUCGCGCUGAUCUAUAUGAAAUCGGAAGAUCACAUAGUAGCUCGCAAAAUCGACGUUCCUGAUGCGCCACUGCAAUUUGAUUAUGUCCGCCCGGACAUUUUAUUGUUACGCACUGUUGCUAAACAUCUUAUUCUUUGGUCAAAAAUUGAGCCAACGCACGACUGGGUUCGCGAAAAUCUCCCACGUCGCUAUCAUUCAAGAUUACACCCGACUGCAAAUCCCUUAGAUCAUGAUGCUCGUGGGCCGCUUAAUUCGACUCACCUACCGUUCCUUACAAUUCUAGCCGGCCUCUGCUUUUCUAUAGCACUACGAUUUGCUGGGUCAGGGAACUUGAAAGUACGAGAUCUCUUACUGUCCUAUAUACGUAGAUACUAUACUCGAUGUCGCCAUCCCAACUCGAAAGCCAGCUUUGAUGAUAGGACUGUGCAUGCAACAGCGUGCAUGUGCCUUGAUGUCGUCGCGCUAUCUUGUGCGACCGUUAUGGCUGGUACCUGCGACUUGGAGGUUCUCCGAUAUCUCCGAUCGCUUCACAGCCGUAACGAGCAGGACACAACGUACGGUUCGCAUAUGGCGACACACAUGGCUAUGGGUGCUUUAUCUCUUGGUUGCGGCACACAAACUUUCAAUACAUCUAACUUGGCUAUUGCAUCAUUACUCGUCGCCUUUUAUCCCGUCUUUCCAGACUCGGUGCAAGAUAAUAAGAGUCAUCUGCAGGCCUUCCGGCAUUUUUGGGUAUUGGCUACUGACCCCCGCUGCCUAGUCACCAAGGAUGUAGCAACGAACGCGCCCGUUUGUGUUCCGGUUGCCAUACGACUCAAGAACUCGACAGAAGAGGAUGUACGUAGGACACCGUGCCUUCUUCCUCCCCUGAGUGACAUACAUAGCGUUCGGACUAUGUCAAUGGAAUAUUGGGACCUUGAGUUGAAUUUCGAAGCGCAUCCCGAAUACGCAGAAGCGUUCAAUCGUUCGCAAGCAUUGUACCUACGCAGACGGCCCGUUAGUGAUAGCCCGUUUGCAACGACAAUGCUCGCUCUCGGCCAACAAGGCGGACUCGGGGUUUUACAGACAACGGACACCGCCUCGCAGCCCCUCGAAUGGCUAUUUAAUAAUGUGCCGGAACUACAUAAACUCACGCACGCAGAGCGUAGUAUCGUACUCGACCGUGGCGUUGGCGGUCCCGAUGUUAGCAAUAGCUCCGUCAGCGCAGUUGAUGCCCGUUUAGUCCUUGAAAGUAUCGUUUGCAGCGGAACUAGAGAUAACCUGCUUGGCUUGAAGGGCCUAUUCGAGUGGCUUGAGUGGAGGGCCGGUAAAGCGCAAGAGGAAGAGAGUGAAAAAGAAAAGGAAAAGAACGAAAAGGGAGUUGACCGUGAUGAUCUGGUGCUCUACGAUGCCGAGAGAAGAAAGAAGAGAGACCCCCAUUGGAGUGGAGAAGGGUGGCUAAGAGAAGGCAUCGUUGAAGGAUUAAAAGGUGCCGUGUGGCUUGCCGGCAGGGAAUGAUGUGAACAGGACUAUACGCAUACGGAUUUUAAAAGGAAUAAGGGGUUUGCGUCUCGGUGGUGUUUACGCGGAUAAUAAGAUAAUAAAUAGGCCAGGACUGCUUAUGAAUUGAUUUGAUGAGAAUACUAGUCCGGGAACCUUGGAAACGAAAACCGAUAAGUCGGAGUUCUGAGAGAUAUCAUUUCGGCUUCGGUAACCAUUACGCAUCGCUCACGUUUUCACAUUCUAACUAUCCUUUAACGGCCGUAUGUCGAUACUAUCCACAAAUGCUGACCCGUCUGUAGCCACGAUCCCUAUUCCACCACUGCCAUAACCUGCAUCAUGAGCCGAGAGUUCCACGCUGGCCUCACCUUCGACUCUGGCGCGCAGCUCG